AUGGUGGAUAACGUAUUUCCUAAAGAUGAUAACUGUCUUCAGGAGGUAAGCUGGAGGUCCCGCAUCGCCAGCCUGCAGAAGUCUGACCUGUUGGGGCUGACUCAACCGGCUGGUACCCCUCGUCCUCAGACCUCCGGCCAGGAGAGGAGUGCAGAAGGGGAGAGUGAGAGUGACCGUAUCGCCAGGGAGAGACGGAGAGCCCGGGCCAGGAGGAGAGCUCAGAGGGCUGGAGAUAGUGAUGACAACGAGCCCGGUGUAGAGGAGGGGUUGGGAGGCAGUGAGCAGGAUCCACAGACAGACAGGCACUCCAGCACCAGGUCCGACGUGUCAUGUAACGACUGUAUCGACAGAGGAGGCGGCUCUGAAACUAAGGAUUACAAGAAGCUGUUUGAGGUGGUGUCCAGGGAGAAUGGUCAGCUCCAGUCCCAGCUGCAGGACACCCAGAGGACCAUCUCUCAGACCAGACUGGACCUGGACAAGGCCACCCAGAGACAGGAGCGGUUCAGUGAUUGUUCAACCAUGCUAGAGCUAGAGAAGAAGGAGCGACGGAUGUUGGAGCGGCGUGUGGCUGAGCUGGAGGAGGAGUUGAAGGUGCUCGGUGACCUGAGAGCUGACAACCAGCGACUGAAAGACGAGAACGGAGCGUUGAUCAGAGUCAUCAGUAAGCUCUCCAAAUAGACGGAGAGAACGAGAGCGAGAGACAACAGGGAAGCCCACUCCCUCCCUCCGUCCAUCCACCCCUCCCACCUCACAUUCCUACCAGUGCCAAAGAAUGAAAGAGAGAGAGAGAGAGAAGAGAAGAGGGGGGGGGGACAAGAAACAGAAAAGAGAAGACGUAUGAGAAUGUGGUACUCUAAACAACACCAUAUCUUGACUUGAUUGUGACGCCUCUUCUUCCUUAGUCCUGACCAAUCGCUGUGGCUUGUUGUGUGUGUGUGUCUUAUGCCCACUUUGAAGACAGGACCGUAUCCAUGGCAGGUAGCCAUGACAACUGUGGUCAUGACAACGGCUCGCAUAGUAGCAAAGAGACGUGACAACAGCCAAAUGCCCAUGGGAUUGUGAUGUAAAAAAAAACAGGAUAUAGACAAUGUUCACAAGGGGGAACACUAAUAUGAGAAUACACAAUCCUUCUUCUGGUGCCAUCCACACACAAUCCUGCCUUCCACACACAUUGCACCGGUCCAAGGCAUCUUGGUCCCUUAGCUCUCCCACUUAGUAAUUUAUUUUGUUUUGUGACCACCACAUUCACACACCACCUUUUCCACCAACCCACUCUGCUAUUGUACUAACUACGGAUCUCAGUCCCUCCCACUCAAAACUCUCCUACCCCACAAAUACACUCCUUAUAGAGGCUUUCACAUCGACUCCGUGCCAGACCCUGGAUCCAAACCAUAGACAUCCAUACAGCUUUCUUUGUGUGACAUCCUAAACUGUAAACAGAAACCAUGACCUUUCUUAACAGUUGGAGGGGCCUGUUUUCCCGGACACAGAUAAAGCCUAGUCCAAACCUAAUGGAGAUUCUUCUCUCCAUUCAGCAAGGUUUUUAGUUCAGCAUCUAGUCUGUAAAGAAUGAGGGUGGUGUUGCACAUCCGCUGCUGUGUCCGGAAAAAACAACCCUUUGUGUUUUAUGGGCUGAAAUAUUUUCACUUUUAAACUGGUAACAGUAACAUUUCCACGUUAUUUUCAUUUCACUUUUCUGUAUUCAGUCACUUUCAGACUUCAAUCUCUAAAAGACCAACUGGGGGGAAAUCCAAUAGCCUCUUAAUCUGGUAGUGUCAUUGCACUCCAAUAGCCUCUUAAUCUGGUAGUGUCAUUGUACUCCAUGAGCCUCUUAAUCUGGUAGUGUCAUUGUACUCCAUGAGCCUCUUAAUCUGGUAGUGUCAUUGUACUCCAUGAGCCUCUUAAUCUGGUAGUGUCAUUGUACUCCAUGAGCCUCUUAAUCUGGUAGUGUCAUUGCACUCCAAUAGCCUCUUAAUCUGGUAGUGUCAUUGUACUCCAUGAGCCUCUUAAUCUGGUAGUGUCAUUGUACUCCAAUAGCCUCUUAAUCUGGUAGUGUCAUUGCACUCCAUGUCCCUCUUAAUCUGGUAGUGUCAUUGCACUCCAUGUCCCUCUUAAUCUGGUAGUGUCAUUGCACUCCAUGAGCCUCUUAAUCUGGUAGUGUCAUUCCACAUGCGUGUUCUGAACCCACCAGAGAUCCACUCUUCCCCUCACACACAUGCGUGUUCUGAACCCACCAGAGAUCCACUCUUCCCCUCACACACAUGCGUGUUCUGAACCCACCAGAGAUCCACUCUUCCCCUCACACACAUGCGUGUUCUGAACCCACCAGAGAUCCACUCUUCCCCUCAAACACUAUAGUGUUCUGAACCCACCAGAGAUCCACUCUUCCCCUCAAACACUAUAGUGUUCUGAACCCACCAGAGAUCCACUCUUCCCCUCACACACUAUAGUGUUCUGAACCCACCAGAGAUCCACUCUUCCCCUCACACACUAUAGUGUUCUGAACCCACCAGAGAUCCACUCUUCCCCUCACACACUAUAGUGUUCUGAACCCACCAGAGAUCCACUCUUCCCCUCACACACUAUAGUGUUCUGAACCCACCAGAGAUCCACUCUUCCCCUCACUAGUGUUUUUGUUUAGUGGCCCACAGAGUCUGCGUCCCAAAUGAAACCCUCAUCUAAGUAGUGCACUACAUCAGGGCCCUGGUUAAAAGUAGUGCACUAGAUAGGGAAUAGGGUGCUAUAGGCCCUAGUUAAAAUUAGUGCACUACAUAGGGAAUAGGGUGCCAUUUGGGACCCACAGACCCACUCCAUGCUCCUUUAAAUGACCACAGACAGAGCAGUCUGUUGACCACAGCACUUUACUCACCACCAGCCAGGCCAAGCUAAGCGAUCACAGAUCUGCGCCAGGCCAAGCUAAGCGAUCACAGAUCUGCGCCAGGCCAAGCUAAGCGAUCACAGGUCAGCGCCAGGCCAAGCUAAGCCCCGUCCUGAUUCAUACUAUACAAAACAGCUCCCCUCAUCCACAAAUCUGCAAUCCCAAUAAUCUGUCCUUUCUCCUGAAGUGUGCACUCGUGCACUCCUUCACAAAUGUAAAAGCAUUGGAUAGGUGGAGGUAUGGACUAGACUAGAGGACAGGUGGAGGUAUGGACUAGACUAGAGGACAGGUGGAGGUAUGGACUAGACUAGAGGACAGGUGGAGGUAUUAACUAGACUAGAGGAUAGGUGGAGGUAUUGACUAGACUAGAGGAUAGGUGGAGGUAUUGACUAGACUAGAGGAUAGGUGGAGGUAUUGACUAGACUAGAGGAUAGGUGGAGGUAUUGACUAGACUAGAGGAUAGGUGGAGGUAUUAACUAGACUAGAGGAUAGGUGGAGGUAUUGACUAGACGACAGGUGGAGGUAUGGACUAGACGAUAGGUGGAGGUAUGGACUAGAGGAUAGGUGGAGGUAUGGACUAGACUAGAGGAUAGGUGGAGGUAUUGACUAGACUAGAGGAUAGGUGGAGGUAUGGACUAGACUAGAGGAUAGGUGGAAGACUAGACUAGAGGAUAGGUGGAGGUAUUGACUAGACUAGAGGAUAGGUGGAGGUAUUGACUAGACUAGAGGAUAGGUGGAGGUAUAGACUAGACUAGAGGAUAGGUGGAGGUAUGGACUAGACUAGAGGAUAGGUGGAGGUAUGGACUAGACUAGAGGAUAGGUGGAGGUAUGGACUAGACUAGAGGAUAGGUGGAGGUAUUGACUAGACUAGAGGAUAGGUGGAGGUAUUGACUAGACUAGAGGAUAGGUGGAGGUAUUGACUAGACUAGAGGAUAGGUGGAGGUAUUGACUAGACUAGAGGAUAGGUGGAGGUAUUGACUAGACUAGAGGAUAGGUGGAGGUAUUGACUAGACUAGAGGAUAGGUGGAGGUAUGGACUAGACUAGAGGACAGGUGGAGGUAUGGACUAGACUAGAGGAUAGGUGGAAGACUAGACUAGAGGAUAGGUGGAGGUAUUGACUAGACUAGAGGAUAGGUGGAGGUAUGGACUAGACUAGAGGACAGGUGGAGGUAUUGACUAGACUAGAGGAUAGGUGGAGGUAUGGACUAGACUAGAGGAUAGGUGGAGGACUAGACUAGACUAGAGGAUAGGUGGAAGACUAGACUAGAGGAUAGGUGGAGGUAUUGACUAGAGGAUAGGUGGAGGUAUGGACUAGACUAGAGGACAGGUGGAGGUAUGGACUAGACUAGAGGACAGGUGGAGGUAUGGACUAGACUAGAGGACAGGUGGAGGUAUGGACUAGACUAGAGGAUACAUGGAGGUAUUGACUAGACUAGAGGAUAGGUGGAGGUAUUAACUAGACUAGAGGAUAGGUGGAGGUAUUGACUAGACGACAGGUGGAGGUAUGGACUAGACGAUAGGUGGAGGUAUGGACUAGAGGAUAGGUGGAGGUAUGGACUAGACUAGAGGAUAGGUGGAGGUAUGGACUAGACUAGAGGAUAGGUGGAGGUAUUGACUAGACUAGAGGAUAGGUGGAGGUAUUGACUAGACUAGAGGAUAGGUGGAGGUAUUGACUAGACUAGAGCAUAGGUGGAGGUAUUGACUAGACUAGAGGAUAGGUGGAGGUAUUGACUAGACUAGAGGAUAGGUGGAGGUAUUAACUAGACUAGAGGAUAGGUGGAGGUAUUGACUAGACUAGAGGAUAGGUGGAGGUAUUGACUAGACUAGAGGAUAGGUGGAGGUAUGGACUAGACUAGAGGAUAGGUGGAGGUAUUGACUAGACUAGAGGAUAGGUGGAGGUAUUGACUAGACUAGAGGAUAGGUGGAGGUAUGGACUAGACUAGAGGAUAGGUGGAGGUAUUGACUAGACUAGAGCAUAGGUGGAGGUAUGGACUAGACUAGAGGAUAGGUGGAGGUAUGGACUAGACUAGAGGAUAGGUGGAGGUAUUGACUAGAGGAUGGGUGGAGGACUAGACUAGAGGGAGUUUCACCAUGAAUUUGCUUUGAUACCCAAGAAAGCAAGUGAACAAGUGCACACUUUGGUAGAAAGGACAGAUUAUUGGGCCCAGUGCUAAACUCCCUCCUUAGGUUUCUAUUGGGAAGUAGGGAGGGGAACGGAACGGAUAGCGGGAGGAGAGGUGUAUCACCGCAGAGCUGAGGGUCAAAGGUCAUUGCACAAUAUUAUAGACUUGCUGUUCUGUAAAAGCCUAAUAUGCAAUGCAUUGUUUAUUAUUAUUAUUACCAUAAUAAAAUAUGAUAAAAUAUAUUAUUUUCGUAUUUUUCCAUUUGUCUGAUGUCAAUCUCUCCCGCUUUGCCAGGGAGCCACAUUGUUGGAUUAUGUAUAUUAUAUUAUACAUGUGUAAUAAAUAAGUAAUAUUAGGCUUGAAUUAAUAAUAAUCAUGUUGAGAGAAAUGAAUCCCAUGUAGUCUUCAUCACCAUGUUGGUCUAAUAAUAUUACAUGGAUGACAGCACCUAAUAAAGCAUGUGUUUGUAAACC